AUGCCGGCCGCCAGAAUCAUAGAAAAGCUCAUCGAACAGAAACAAAGCGAAAUCCGGGGUGAAGAGCAUAUCCCCAUCUCCAGCAUACCUGGCAUCAGAAAGGCAGGCUGGCGACCUCCACCUCCCCAGCAGAAGAAACCUCCUCAGGAACAAUGUGAUUUUUCCAACGACGCUAACUAUCUCUACGGCCUUUUCAAAACAAUUCUCAACCAUAUAAAAAGUCACGGAUCCGCUUGGCCGUUCCUGCAGGCAGUUGACCGCAACGAAGUACAUGACUACUGCGACCAUAUCAAGUACCCCAUGGACCUGAAGACAAUGACCGAGCGGCACAAAGCCAAGUACUACCACAGCGUACGGCUGUUCCAUGCAGACAUGAUGCGCAUCUUCAACAAUUGUCGCUUUUAUAACUACCCAGACACUGAGUAUUUCAAAUGCGCCUCUGCGCUAGAGAAAUACUACAAACAUAAAAUAAAAGAAACAAAACUGCUCGAUUGGUCUGAGCUCAACGAUGGAGAUGAAGAGUCCUGUUCUAGCGCUCAGAUCGUCAAGGUAAUUUCAGGCAAAGGUGAUGCCGGUGUCGCGUACAGCAGUGAAAAUAUUCUACGAGCCUCUGACAUACUGAUUGAAAAUUCUACAUCUUCCAGUGACGAUGAUUAG